UCCUCCACAACAAUGGCGCUGUCCAGUGGUUGUUCAUGUAGACUUGCUCCUUCGAUUUUGAAUGCUGACUUAUCAAAUUUAGCUGUAGAGUGUCAAAAUUUGGUUGAUGCUGGAUCAGAUUAUCUCCACCUCGACGUAAUGGAUGGGCAUUUUGUCCCAAAUCUGACUUUCGGACAUCCCGUCGUUAAAUGUCUACGCCCAAAGUUGCCAGGUGUUUUCUUCGAAAUGCAUAUGAUGGUCUCGGACCCUGAAAAAGUAAACAAAAAAUAUAGGCCGGGUCAAUUCAUACAAUUUGUGUAAUAGCGUCAUUUUGUGAUUUUGUUAAAGUUUCGUUUUAGAUUCACUCUCCUUGUUACUAGAGUUAAAUUUUUCUUAUAUGAUGUUUAUGAUGGUUGACCUUUAAGUAGGGGUGUGCCGGAUCCGUUUUUUCCAACCGGAUCCGGAUCCGGAUUUUCUUAUGCGAAAUCCGCCGGAUCCGGAUACCGGUUUCUCCCGGAUUCCGGAUUUUGGUACUAUUGGUAGAUACUUCGGUAAGUCAAGGUGGACUACUACUUUUUGUGUAUGGGAAUUCGCAAUCGGCGCCAAAAAAUCCGAGUUUUUAAUUUUCCGAUGUGUGUGUCUAUUUAUUAUUAAAUUAGUACUUUCGAUAUAUAUUUGAGUUCCGUUCCAUUUGGAUAAGUGUCUUACGAGAGACGCCAUGUUUCUACGCGUUCGCAGCAGGUCAUGCAGCUCGCUCAACCUAAUUUCGCCAUGGGGUUGGCCACGCCCCCCUUUUUAAUGGCGGAAGUUGACGAUACUUAGGAAAUAUUAAUUUAUUAUCACUAUUUACAUCAAAAUAAUUGAUAACUUGUGUUUCAGAAUGCAUUUAAAGACAUUUAAACUGGAAUGUUUUAAUUUGAGCUUUAACAACCCGGUAGAAUCCAUAUUAUAAAUGAUCAGAAUUUACCGUGUGCAACACGUUGUCAUUGGCAACCAUUCACAGCCACUUGCAUAACUGUAUCGUAGUACUACCUCAGAGUUUCAUUCAUAAGAGUUUGCCGUGUGCAAAAACUAUUAAACCAUUGGUCAGGGAAAGCUUUAAUUAAUUAUUCAUGUGCCAAAGUUGAAAGUUUAAACUAAGUCUAAACAGUAUUUUAGUGAUAAGGCAGGGAAUGCGUUGCCUUAUAUAAACUAUAUAGUCAUUGCGCAUGACGGGAUUGGUGGAAUGAGAUCACAGAAUGUGGAGAUGCAGUCCAUGUUAAAAAAUGACAAACCAAGUCGUACUUUAAAAAUUCAUAACUUUAAAACUACAACAGCUAAAAAUAUGAUUUUGGUGUUAUAAUUCUUUAAAAAAUUACAUCUUUUCAACUAUGCCAUUGGUUUAUUUUUACAAAAAGUUUAAAUUUUCUUAUCAAAGUCCCUACACUAUUGGCCACUAUUAGCGGUGCUGACUCUAGCCUCUGGUAUGUACGGAAUAUUAAACAUUAAACAAGCUCAACGCUCGAAACAAUCGAUUAAUGUAUCGUGAUCGUGUGAAAUUCGGGAAAGAGAAUUACUUUUAUUUCAGAUUAUGAUCCGGUGAGUCACAAAAUCUGGCAAAUUCCGAAAUCCGGUAUAUUCCGGAAUCCGGUUGUUCCGGAUACAUGUAAAUCCGGCGGAACCGGAUUUCACCGGAUAGUGCAAAAUCCGGCGGAACCGGAUUCCGGACCGGGGUCCGGCACACCCCUACCUUUAAGCCUUUAAGUCUUAAGGUCUAUUCAUACAAUUUAGGGCUAUAUAGGGUAGGCUUAUAGUUAUAGGCUAAGUAACAAUUUAUCAUUUUAGUUAAUAAGUUAGGCUAACUAAAAUUUAAAAUACUAGAUAAUAAAUGGUCUACAAACUUGGGUGAAUGUUGGGUCGGCACGCCACUAAUUUCCUAUGACAGCCACCUUUCUUGCCAAGAUGCCGGCCAUGUAAACGCAAAAAGUAGCACAAACACACAUCUGCUAAAUUGGGGAGGGGGUAUAUAGAAUUUGCUGUUUUAGCUACUUACCGAUAGAAACAAAAAUAGAAACAAAACUUUAAAUUUAAUUAAAUAAUAUCAACCGGUAGAUUAAUAUUGUGGCCGUGGCAAACGUAGCAAAUUUAUUUUAGGCUAUCCCUCUAGAUAUGGGGCAAGAAGUGUCAACAACCUGCCAUUCCUCCCUUCACUUAACUAAAACAGGUUUGCUACACUAGUUACUCACUGUGUUGAGAAAAGUGUAAAAUAAUGAAAACCUAACUUACAGUUUAGAAAACACUUUUACAAACUUAAAAAGUUCCACCUAAAAUGAGAAAUUUAUUCUCAUUUUUUUAAAUUUUCUUUAGAUUUUCUAAUCACCCAUCCAAUGAAAUAUUAAUUUACAACAUUCCAUAAGGGUAUUAAUAGUUUAAAAGUUAAUUCUAGUAACAAUCCAAGAAUAAACAAAAGCAAGAGAAUCCUACACAGAAACACAAAGUGGUGUGAUGAACCAACAUUAGCCUUAACUUGUUUUGACAAGGGCCAGUAAGAAAAUAGCUACAGGCCGGAUGGAUUGUCUCGUUCUGCUAAAAUGAAGGUCUAAUGGGCACUUAUGACUAAUGGGCCUAUAUAAAUUAAAUGAAAUUAAUUAAUUAUAAAAAAUAUUUAACAAAAUUAUAUUCCAUAAAAAGAAAAUUUAAAAGACAUGCUCUUUACAUUAAUUUAAUUGAGAUUAAAUUUAAAUAAAUUAGGACCAGGAGGCUUAUAUUAAUAUAUAUAAUAUAUAUUAUUCGUAUUAGAUGGAAACCUUUGAAUUGCACCUUCAUCCUUUUGCACAUCAGUUAGAAGCACGACGCAGAUGCUUUUCUUACACUAAUUCUUCUGUCACUUCAAAAAAACUAUUGAUAUUGCAGGCUGGAUAAAUUGAAUUCGUUAGCCAACCUCUGUACAAGAUAUGUGAUUGUUACAGCGUAAAUGAGUUAAUGAUUUGAUAUGUAGCAAUAUUGAAUUUCAAGUGGAUUACAAACACAAUGUUUAGGAAAGUUGAUUGCUGUGAAUGAGUCAAUGACUAAGAAGCUAGACAAAAAUAACAUUCUAUUGAUAAAUUUAGCUGAAAAGGCAGUUCAAGCUGAGACAGGCCUAGCAAGCUGGCAAUGAAUGUAAAAGUGCUCAAGUAAAUAAAAAUUGAGAAGACAGUGGAUGCUGCUAAAUGGAAGAUGGCCUGGACACAGUAAAAAAACUUUAACUCACUUUGUCGCCUCCCCGGUAGAAGCAUCCGGAAGAUUAUGAUUGAUUCAUUCUUUCUAUGAAUCAAUGUUUACCAUAACCAAUUUUUUUUUAAUUAGUUAAAAUUGUAUCAAAGAAUCAUUUAUUUAUUUAUUAAGUUAGUUGCUUUGAAAUCAAUGAUCAAACAUAUUUUGUUUAUUUGUAUUCCCUUGCCAGUGGAUUGAGGGAAUGGCUGAUGCUGGGGCAAAUAUGUACACAUUUCAUUAUGAGGCUACAAAAGAUCCAGCUGCAUGCAUUCAUAAAAUUAGAGAGGCUGGUAUGAAAGUAAGCCAUUCUUUUUUAUUUGUUUAAAUUAAGUAAAUUUUCUUUGCCCUACCAAUAUGGUUAGGAAUGUGUUAAUUUUUUUUUUGUAGUCAUAUCUAAGUUAUGAAUAUUAAUUUAUAUCCUGCAUGCAAAUAAAAAUAAAAUAAUUCUGAUCACCUGUAAUCCUUAUUUUUAUGGCAAACCCCCUCCCCCCCCCUCCCCCCCAAUUUUUCAAUCUUUUAUUUAUAUUAUUUGGUGGAUGAUAGACUUUGCCUAUUAAGACAAUUAGUAAUCUUCCCACAAAGCUUUUUCUGAAUUUUAAAAUUUGUUAUGCAUUAUCAGACUGACAGCUUAUAGUGUUAAUAGUAUAUAGUUUUAGUUUGAAGUUUCUAGGAUAACUGAAAAAUGCCUCAUUAUAUACCAACACACACAGGCUGGAAUGGGCAUCAAUCCUCCCACAGAUGUUGAAGUUGUACUUCCCUAUAUUGACCUGCUUGACUGUGUUCUGGUCAUGACAGUUAACCCUGGAUUUGGUGGUCAAAAGUUCAUGGCUGAAUGUUUACCAAAGGUCUGUUCCUUCUUAAUCCUCUAUGCAAUUUGGAAUUUAAUCACCUCUGAAGACUAAUAUUUAUUUGUGACUACACCAACAAUUACUUCUGUAUAGUUUAUAUUCGAUCACAUUAACAGUCACCUUGAUAUUUAUGACAUUGCACCAACAAUCAUUUCUGUAAAAUCUAUAUGUGAUUACUAUGAUUACAUGAAUAAUCACUUUAACUAUAUGCUAUUCUCUCACUGUAUUGUUUACAUGCUGUUUUGCCAAGAAUCACCCUUGUAUCGUUUGUACCUUUUUUCAACAGAUUCAGUUCUUGAGGGAGAAAUUCAUAAAUUUGGACAUCGGGGUGGAUGGUGGAGUUGGUCCCAGUACCAUACAGGAAUGUGCAGAUGUAUGUCGACGAAGUCAAAAAAAAUUACUGAUCUUAAUCUCUUUCAAUUUGGUCUUAACUCUUGGAAUCUAGGCCAAGUUUCAGCCAACCAACUGUAUGAUUUUUUUAUUCCAAAUGUUUUUAUCUGCGGAAAAUCAUUUGCGCAUUUCAAUGCACCAAAAGACCCACACAGAUCUUUUGACUUAGGUCAUCCAAUGUAAAACUGCAGACAAAGAAUUACUUACAAUGUGAAAUAUAUCACUAACAGAGUAAGGCAAUCCUUUGUUAACUAUACAACAUAAAAAUCUGACAUCAUUCCCCCCGAUUAUGCCAUAGCAUGGUGAAUAGAUAUUAUCACUCUUGAGUCCUUCUCUAAGGUGGUAUUGCCAUCUUUUUCUACCCAUAUUCUAGAGAAGGCCUAUGAAUAUAUUUAUUAUAUCUGCCUUUAGUGACCUUUUUUUCCCUAGAUUUUUCACUCUUUCAUUUUACCAAAGCCCAUCAAAGGCAUUUCAACUUAUGGAAAAAUAAACUUGGAUAUUGCUCUAAGUCUUUAGCUAAUGAUAACUUUAACAAAUCAGUAAACUUUAGUCAACAAAUUUAGGUAAUGCAUUCAAUUUGGAUGUCAAAUAACCCUGAACUCGUUCACCCGUCCUCACAGUUUGGGGAGUACUCAUAUUAAACUUGUAUUGUUAAAACAAUUUUUUUUAAAACUUUUUUUCCCCCUCCAUCCUAUCAGGCUGGGGCAAACCUGAUUGUUUCUGGAAGUGCACUGAUUCAACAUAAAAACAGAAAACAGUGCAUCGCUGACAUGAGAAGUAUUGUAGACCAAGCACUACAGAGGAGAUAACACAGAUAAGACAUUUUUAGCUUAGCUGAAAGUUUUUUUUGCCUUCCUAGUAUUUAAUUGAGCUCACUUUUGUAUUAUAAUUUUGUCAAGUUUCAAAAAGAAAACCAUAUCCCUCUCACUUCAGGUUAAAGUUAUGAUUUAAUACUUCAAACUUUGUAAGGACCAUGUCCCAUGCCCAUGAGUUUAUAUUCUGAAUAUUUUCAAAAGUACAUGAGGAUCUAGAAUUCAAAGAUGGCUAUUUCUAAAGUGGGUUUGGGUUAAAGUGUUAAGGGAAAUUAUUUAAGAUGGUUUGAUUUAGAACUCUCCUCUUUGAAACAGUAUCUGAAAAGAAACUGAUUCAUAUUUUGAUGAAGACAGAUCUAUCUUGUUCCGUUUUAUUUUAAUAUGUGAGCUUUUGCUUACAGUACAGGUUUAAGAUUUUGUUCUCCAAUGUAGAUUGACUUUUGUUGGCACUUAUGGUAUUUAUAAAUGGGUAACACUGUAUUUCAUAGGAUGCCUUUCAUGUAGCUGAAUGUUAGCUUUAAGUAUGUGAAGGUUUUAGAUUUAAAAACUUACCUCUUGCAUCUGUAUGAAGAAUUCAAAACAAAUUCAGUUGGUUGAUAUUUGCUGGAGGAACAUUAUCUUUAGUUUAAAGAAAGUCAUACUCUUAGAAAAUAUAAAAAAUUUGUUGACAAAUAAGUUGUUUGAUUGAUGUGAGUAAAUUUUUGUAAACUAAUGUGCAAUGGUUUAUGUAAAUUUUGUUGUUGUUUUUUGUGCAUCAAGCUGAACUC